AAAAGGUGUGCGUGCCCGGGCAGAGCGCCGCCGUGCACGGCACGUACGACAGCAGGUCGGCUCGCUGGGUGUGGACAAGGCGUCGUGGGCAGCAUGCCAGCCGGCGUUUGAGACGCAGACACGGCGAGCGCGGCGCGCGGCCCGGUCCAGCCAGCCCCAGUCACCGGUCGGUUACGGUGCGAUCAAUAGGCCAGCUCGGCACGCCAUGAACGUGGGGGCCGCCGGCAAAACGGGAGGUGCCAGCGGCCGUCGCAAACAGGCCAAGCCGCAGCGGAAGAACGUUGACCUGGACGUGUCAGCCAUGGUGGAGAUGUCGACCGACGAGGAGCCGUCACGUCCGCUGGCGGCCGGCCGCGGCGGCAGCGACGGCGAGACGGAUACCAACGACGAAGCCGAGAGCGAGCUGACCAUUGACAUGGAGGCCGGCCGGCCGAGCCCGACCGACGCCGACGCCGACGCCGACGCCGAUGCCGAUGCCGACGCCGACGCCUGCCACAACAACAACGUCAGCGAGCAGCGCAAGAUCCAGGAGUACAUGACGCGCAAGGACACGGCCGUCAUCUUCGCCGAGCCGGUGGACGCGACCCACGAGUCGGCUCCAGUGGCGGCGCUGACGCUGAAGGGCGGCCUGGCCGGCUCCACCGGGCUGGGGGCGCCGGCGCUGGCCUCGCCCAUCGGCCACAUGUGCCAGACGUGCGGCAUGACCUUCCCCUCCAAGGAGAAGCUGGAGGUGCACGAGGUGGGCCACGGUCCCCCCACGCAGGUGUCCUGUCACGUGUGCAACAAGACGUUCGCCCACAUCUACGGCCUGCAGCGACACAUGAUCAGUCACGAGGAGUCGGCAAACGUGCGCAAGUUCAAAUGCGACAUUUGCAGCAAGGCUUUCAAGUUUAAACACCACCUGAAGGAGCACACCCGGAUACACAGCGGCGAGAAGCCGUACGUCUGCACCGACUGCGGCAACCGGUUCUCUCACUCGGGCUCGUACUCGUCCCACCGCUCGUCCAAGAAGUGUCGCGGCCGCACCCUGCAGCAGAGCCAGGCCAAGGGCUCGCCGGCGCUGCGGUUCGAGCUACCGUUCCCGCUGUACACUGGCGGCCAGCCGGGCCAGGUGGCGGUGAGCGCCGCCGGCCUGCCGCCGCCGCCGGCGCCGCCGGCCGCCGGCCCGCCGCCCGAGCCGGUCGCCGCGCAGAAGCUCAGCGACGACGAGCUGCAGCGCAGCGUGCAGCAGAUGGUCGACUCGCGGCACGAGCAGCUGUGCCGCGCGGCCGUGCCCGAGGGCGAGCGGCUCAGCGAGGGGCUGGCCGCGCGACUCAGCGAACUCAUGGCCAAACAGCAGAAGACCACCGGCCCCGGCCCGGAGGAGACCAGCGACAACGAGUCGUCGCAGCACAGCGACGAUGGCCAGAAGCAGCGCGUGCGCUACAAGUUCUCGGACGAGCAGCUGCUCGUGCUGCGGACAAGCUACAUCAUGAACUCGAAGCCGCGCCGCGAGGACGUCAACCGCAUCUCGGAGCGACUGGGCAUCUCGCCGGAGGUGGUGCGCGUCUGGUUCCAGAACACGCGCGCCCGCGACAAGCGUGAGGGUAAGCCGUUCGCGCUGCCGUGCUUCCCGGCGGGCCUGGUGCGGCCGACGGCCGAGCGGGCCGCCGCUGCCACGCCGCCGCCGCCGCCCGGCGCUGUGACGUCCGAGGGCGGCCCGAUGACGUCAGCGGUACAGCAGCUGCUGCGCGCCGCCGAGCAGGAGAUAUACGCGGAGACGAGGAAGCGCCAGCAGGCCGAGCUGAGCGGAUCGGGAGACGACUCGUCCAGCGAGACGGGCAAGAAGCGGCGGCUGGCGCGGCCCGGCGAGGACCUCUUCCAGUGCGACCAGUGCGACAAAGCCUUCAACAAGCAGAGCUCGCUCGCCAGGCACAAAUACGAACAUUCCGGCAUGAGGCCGUACAAAUGCGAGGACUGUCCGAAAGCCUUCAAGCACAAGCACCACCUGUCGGAGCACAAACGUCUCCACAGCGGCGAGAAACCAUACCAGUGCAAGAAAUGCCUCAAGCGCUUCUCCCACUCGGGCUCCUACAGUCAGCACAUUAAUCACCGGUACGCCUACUGUAAACCGUACCGGGAGUAGACCAAAUCAGCUGAGCCCGGCGCGUGCGGAAGCCAUCAGCUGGUGGCGGACCGGCGCGCCGGCUCUCUAUGUAUUCCAUAAUGAUAGCGCCAACUCGUCGACAUGCGAUGGUUUUAUCGAAAUUACAACGACAUAAUAAUUGUUACGAUGCAAUAAGGUUUCACCGUGCGUCUCCGAUUACUGUCUUACACAGAUGUGGACUGUGAUGGAUGAGGAGAAAGAU